GCGUCACUCUUCCACACGCACCAAGCGGCAGUUGUCGUUCAAUUCUCGUCCGUCCGUUAGCAAAUGAAGACGGCAGCGCCGGCCAGUUCAGCCAGGGAAGUGAGGCUCCGUGUUGCAAUGAUUACACCACCAAUCUGCUCUUUUACUUUAUUCACAUCGGAGUUGCAAUGAAGGCAGGGGCCUCAUCCAUGUGGGCUUCAUGCUGUGGUCUGCUGAAUGAAGUCAUGGGCACCGGGGCGGUUCGAGGCCAGCAGCCAGGCUUUGGAGCCGGAGCUGGACCCUUCCGGUUUGCCCCUAGUGCGGGAUACUCCACAUACCCACCCACAACCUCAGGGAGCCCCAGUCUUGUAUGCAAGGCCUGUGGCCAGGCCUUCUCAGUCUUCAGAAGAAAGCAUAUCUGCUGCGACUGUAAGAAGAGCUUCUGCUCUCUGUGCUCCGUGCUUCAGGAGAACCUGCGCAUUUGUGCCACGUGUCAUUUGCUGAAGGAAACAGCCUUCCAGCGGCCGCAGCUCAUGCGUCUACGAGUCAAGGACCUGCGCCAGUACCUGCUGCUGCGCAACAUCCCCACCGACACCUGCAGGGAGAAAGAGGACCUGGUGGACCUGGUGCUCUGUCACCAAGGCACCGAGGAAGAGGAGGACCCGGACACGGCCAGCCUCAACUCCCGCUCCCUGUACACGCCGUCCCCGUCUGCGGCCCAGUCCGCCUCGGAGCUGUCUGCCCUCGCCGGUUCUCAGGAGGAGCCACUCAGCAGGAGUGAUAGUUCUGAUACCAACCAGGACAUAGGUGAUGCCACGUCAGUGUCGCUCCUGAACUUGGACACCAGUGAACACACUCCUGAGGUGAGCCCUCAGACGCGGCGGCGGGCCAGAGCCUCGCUCUCAGACAUAUCCAGCCCCAGGGAGAUUGAGGGCAUGUCGGUAAGGCAGCUGAAGGAGAUCCUGGCCAGGAAUUUUGUCAACUAUUCAGGGUGCUGUGAGAAGUGGGAGCUGGUGGAGCGCGUCAGCCGACUGUACCGAGAGACGGAGGAGAACAGGAAGUCAUUGGAAAACGUGAGCAAUGCUAUAACUGCAGAUGGCGAGAGGGGUCCGCUGACGAAUCACGACGACAACCUGUGCAGGAUCUGCAUGGACGCUGUGAUCGACUGCGUCCUCCUGGAGUGUGGUCACAUGGUCACCUGCACCAAGUGCGGCAAGAGGAUGAAUGAGUGUCCGAUCUGCAGGCAGUACGUCGUGAGGGCCGUGCACGUCUUCAAGUCCUAAUGCACCGCAGCAACACCGCGCUGCCGCCCCCCGCCGCCGCCUGCCUCAGAGAUGUUCAGACUGAGACUGUACCCUAAGUCAGUCAUGCAGCUCAUGACCUUAGAAUCCCCAAAAGACCUCUUUUGUGGAUGUUUCAUGUUUGUAUUUCCCAAACUGUCACAUUAUUUGCACAUUGAAAUAUUAAGAGAAACAUAUUCUCGUUUUGGUAAUAAUUUGACUGUCCACUUUGACCAGUGAGAUGGGAGUGUAGGAUUUUACUGUCCCAAGUCAUUCCUCAACUAAACUUACCUGUAAACCAUGUUCAUUCCUAAAUGUCUUGUUUUUGCUUUUCUUACAAAUGUUCAACGUGAAGAAGAAUGUGUGGUGUCCAGCCACUUUACAGUCUUGUCUAACACAACUCGUCACCCUCAGAUCUGCCUAUAAACUGUAGCUAGCAUUCUGCCGAGGAUCCUCAGCAGAGCACUUCUCUUUACACCUGCUGCAAGCGACUACAUAUCUUAGUAAAACUCGAGGAUGGAAACACACUGAGCUCAGAGGAGUGGGGAUGGGUGAACCAGGUGCCAAAUAAUGGGUUAUGCCCUCAUGCUUCCCACCCCCGUUCUCUCUGCUCAGUGUGGGCCAGCGUGCGGCUGUUGAUUGUUUCGCAUGCUGUACCAGAAAGCACUUUCAGAUUGUACACACUGUGUGUUAAUGCACCACUGUUCACAAUCCACUGCAAACUAUGACCAUUAAUAGUGAGAUAGCAUGAAUAGAAGAAGAAAAGAAGAGAACCGGUGCUAAUUCAUUCAGCCAUCUUUCCUGUUUUCCACCUUUGACCGUGGAUGUGAUUUUUCUGAAUGUUUUUAUUUUUUUUCUUCUUGUCGUAUAUUGUCAGGAGUGGAAUGAAGUGUCUUCAAAUGCUUUUAAGUUGAUUUUUAUUUCAUGUAGUUGUAAAGUAUCAAACUAACUAUUCAAAGAUAUAGCGACAAGUUUACUGACACCUGUGGUAUAGAAAGUAUAUAGAAAAAAAAUGACUUGCUGUACAGUUGCAUAUAUUGAUCCAUAUCACUGAGAUGUACAUAUCUAUAUUUUUUUCCAUUUGAUUUAAAAUGUGUUAAUAUCAAAUUACUGAAAUGUCCCUGGGAUCGGGUUAGUUUAUUACAACAGAGUUACAUUUUACCAUGAAGUGGUUUGAAAUGUGUUAUGUCUGCAUAGGUUUGCUUGAGGCGUCUGUCCCUGUUGGGAGAACCAGAGCAUGACAACAUAAGCUUGUAUGGCACUGGAUUUGAGAUGUUUUCCCCCGCUCCUUCCCUACGUAAUUGAUCCAGAAUCCUGGUUUUCUUUCUUCCCGUCCUGCUCAUUUAAAAAAUAAUAAUAAUAAUAAAAUACCCAGCUCUGUACUGUACCAAGUCGACAUUGCUGCUAUUACAGAAAAGAUGUCCCAUACAAUCAGCAACAGUAGCUGAGCAGGUUGCACUUUUCUUUCAGAAAGGGUGUAGUUGUGUGCAAGGUCUUAGUCUUUGUAUUUGGGAAUGUUGAACUUUUUAUUUUGGUAAUUAAAAGAUUUAACCAAA